AAUCGCGUGCUUGUAAUACGUAUGUUAGUAGAAUCUUGCCGGUAAAAAGUUGACGUGACAUCGGAUGUUUUAGUAAUACACGCAGCAAAUUCGUCAAUCAGAUAUUCACCAUGAAGGCUUUCCUGAGUUUCCUCAUUGCUUGCUUUGUUGCUGCAGCUGCCGCUCAGAAGCAGUACGUGUUUGAUCUACUAAAACCGGCAUUGGAUGCGCAAGAAGUGCAAGCCAUCUUGGCCAGUAAAUCCGAUGGACAGUAUCCGACAUACAGCGUCAUUCCGCAGACGAAUUUCGACUGUAAUAGCAAAAAGCAGCCCGGUUUUUACGCGGACGUUGAGGCGCAGUGUCAAGUGUUCCACCGCUGUGAUAUUCAUGGGAAUAUGACGAGCUACCUGUGUGUCAACACUACCGUUUUCAACCAGGUCACUUUGGUUUGUGAUUACUUCUUCAACGUCGACUGCUCAAGGUUUGCUGCUUAUGAAGAUUUCGCUAAUGCGCGCCUUUACUCUAAUCAACAACUUUUCGACACACCCCCGGCUGACUACAUUCCGCCCGGCGUUGGAGCACCUGAAAUCGUAGCGGCUGCUCCGUCGUCUAAGAAGAAUGCAAAGAAAGAAUCUAAACAGUGAUUAAUUGAUUUAAUUCUCAAAUGAUAAUUAUCUGCGUACUGUUUAAAGAUUUUACGGCUAACUAAUGGAAAAUCGGGUGAGGGAAAUGGGGUUGAAAAAAAUGAACAAAUAAUUAUCGUAGUACUCGCACAAGGUGAACACUCACAGAC